GUUUCUGUGUUUUUGGAUGCAAUCGUGAUACUUCUUUUACAUCUUAUUGUGAUAGGAGGAGUGCUUAGAUCGUGAGCAAAAUAACUCGUAAGGAGACCUCAGUGUAUUGGUCCACCCCUAUCUACAGCAUCUACCUGCAGGGUGACUAUUGCAUUCUUGCAGCAGGAUUCUACAUGAAGGGUAUUUAUUUCAGCCUUGUGAGGGUAGGGGUGGGGGCUUUUUCUCCAUACAGAUGCUAAGAAUCGUUUUGUGGUGUUUUAUUUAAACAAUGCAUUGUGAGGCUCCACUACAACUGUGUGUAAUGAUCUCGGAGACGAUAGAUUUUGAAAGCAUUUUUUGGUUUCCAUGCAAAGCAGGGGCGAUACCCAGAAACCAGAAACAACUUGCCUCUUGUAAACCAGAAAAAGAGAGGAAACUCACAGGUCUCUUAUCUGCAGACAGCACCUAAAACCUGCUUGUUGUCUAAACAUUAUGAAGCAGGGACCAACCCAGAAGCAGAUAUUUAAAUGUGCAUUAUGGAAACGUGGUACACACCCCUCUGAACAGGUGAAGGUGACCUGAGAAAUAGGCAUAUCCGUAUGUCAACUCCACAAAUCUGUUUUCAUCCUUAAAAAAAAAAAAAAAAAAAAAAAAAAAAAACCAAAUGGUAAUCUGCUUGCAUUUCCAUGUCUGGCCAGCAGAUGGAACUACACCCUCCUUUUACCCUGGGUUAAUCUAUGGAAUGAGAGUGGGAAAAACACACACAUUUACACACAGAAAAGGCACAUUUAAAGGCACCUAUGUUUGGGUCCUGUGCGUGCUACAUGUCUGUUUGACGCUUCCUGGAUUGUUGCAAUCCUAUGUAGAAAGAGAGCCUGGGAGCAUGAAGACGUUGAUAUUCCAGCAGGGAGAAGGCAAAACAAGAAGGAAAGCAGAGCGAGAGAUUAACAUGAGAUAGAGGAGGGAUAGCCUGUAGCAGGCAGUGCUUCCCUGUGCCACAAGCCCUAAGCCCAGAGCCCUGAACCCUGCAGCACAAACAGAAACACUGGAAAUGGACACAGGAGUUUGGUCUCAAUGUUGUCUUUAACCUCCUGGUGGUGCAUCAGGACUGGAAUGCAGGAUACAAUAUCUCUGGAUAUAUUUUAUUCCACAGAAUGGAAAAUCAGUUUUUUUGGUUUGAAGAUGCAUAUAGAAUAACAUGGGGAAAAUAACUAGCUAACUGUUGAUUUUUGUUUUAAUAUUAGAAUACUACACUGGAUUUAUAUACUGUAAGUAGUGAAACUGUUACACAUUCCAAAUGAGGACUAUGAAAAAGACCAUAUUUUUGUUGGAGUAAUACAAUUGAAGGGGGAAAAUGAAUCAGCAGCCACCAAAUGUACAACAUGGGGCAAGCGGUGAAAACCUGAAGGAUUUGGAGGAGGCGGUGACCUCGACCUCUGCUUCUUCCUCCAACUCUGACCUGCCCUCCUUUGCAGAGAGCGAAAAAGUGACCAUCGUUCGCCGCCACAGUAGCAAAACCUUUACUGGGAUCAGAUUCUUUGGAAGGAGGAAAGCAAUUGCUAAAUCGGGACUUCAGCAUUUGGUUGCUCAGCCCUGCGCUUCUGCGACAGUGAAGAGUGACCCAGAGAGAGAGAUCCGAAGUACUGCGGACUGGAGUGAGAAUGCUCUGUACGGAGAGCACAUCUGGUUCGAGACCAACGUUUCUGGUGAUUUCUGUUAUGUUGGAGAACAGAACUGCAUUGCGAAGGCACUGCAAAAAUCAGUAUCUCGGAAGAAGUGUGCGGCGUGCAAGAUAGUGGUCCACACCCCUUGUGUCGAGCAGCUAGAAAAAAUAAACUUUAGGUGUAAACCUUCGUUUAGGGAAUCUGGCUCAAGGAAUGUCCGAGAGCCGACAUUCGUCCGACACCACUGGGUUCACAGGAGGAGGCAGGAGGGGAAGUGUCGUCAGUGUGGAAAGGGGUUUCAGCAGAAGUUUGCAUUUCAUAGUAAAGAAAUUGUGGCAAUCAGCUGUUCCUGGUGUAAACAAGCAUAUCACAACAAGGUGGCGUGUUUUAUGCUGCAGCAGAUUGAGGAGCCAUGCUCUCUUGGGGCCCACGCUGCUGUCAUAGUCCCUCCCACCUGGAUCAUUCGGAUCAGGAGGUCCCAGACCUCGCUAAAAGCAAGCAAGAAGAAGAAGCGCACCUCCUUCAAGCGCAAAUCCAGUAAGAAGGGAGCGGAGGAGGGGCGAUGGAAGCCGUUCAUAGUGAAACCAGUCCCGUCUCCACUGAUGAAACCGCUGCUGGUGUUUGUGAACCCGAAAAGUGGGGGCAAUCAGGGAGCAAAGAUAAUCCAGUCCUUUAUGUGGUACCUCAAUCCCAGACAAGUGUUUGACCUAAGUCAAGGGGGACCCAAAGAAGGGUUAGAGAUGUACCGCAAGGUUCACAACCUUCGUAUACUGGCGUGUGGAGGUGACGGCACUGUGGGGUGGAUCCUCUCUAUUCUGGAUCAGCUUCAGUUAAAUCCUCAGCCUGCUGUAGCUGUUCUUCCUCUGGGCACUGGAAAUGACCUGGCCAGGACUUUGAACUGGGGUGGGGGGUACACAGACGAGCCCGUUUCCAAGAUCCUUUCCCACGUGGAAGACGGAAAUGUCGUUCAGCUUGACCGCUGGAACCUGAUCGUGGAUCCAAACUCAGAGACAAAUCCAGAGGACAAGGACGAGACUGCCAUUGACAAGCUUCCCCUGGAUGUCUUCAAUAACUACUUCAGCCUUGGCUUUGACGCUCAUGUCACCUUGGAGUUUCACGAGUCCAGGGAAGCCAAUCCCGAGAAAUUUAACAGCCGGUUUAGAAAUAAAAUGUUUUACGCUGGGACUGCUUUUUCAGAUUUCCUGAUGGGUAGCUCCAAAGAUUUAGCGAAGCACAUCAAAGUGGUGUGUGAUGGCACAGAUCUCACAUCAAAGAUCCAGGAUCUGAAACUGCAGUGUCUAGUGUUUCUUAACAUUCCAAGGUAUUGUGCUGGUACAAUGCCCUGGGGUAACCCCAGUGAACACCGUGACUUUGAACCCCAGCGGCUCGACGACGGGUACAUUGAAGUCAUUGGCUUCACCAUGACAUCACUGGCUGCUUUGCAGGUGGGAGGUCAUGGGGAGAGACUGAAUCAGUGCCGGGAGGUUACUCUGACCACAUUCAAGUCUAUACCCAUGCAGGUGGAUGGGGAGCCCUGCAAACUGGCCCCAUCAAUCAUUCGCAUCUCCCUAAGAAACCAGGCCAACAUGGUACAGAAGACCAAGAGACGCACCUCAAUCCCCUUACUCAACGACCAGCAGCCAAUCCCAGAGAGGCUACGGAUCCGAGUGAAUCGGAUCAGCAUGCACGACUAUGAAGCCUUACAUUACGACAAAGAGAAACUCAGGGAGGCCUCAAUCCCAAUGGGCAUUAUCGUCAUCCCGGGAGACAGUGAUUUGGAGCUGUGCCGAUCCCACAUUGAGAGGUUACAGGAGGAUUUCGUCUCGUUUCACCCCUCUUUCCAGCGCCUUGUCUUGCAGGAGGGCGACGGUGCAAAAUCAAAGACCCUCUCCUCUCAGAAACUCUCUCCAAAAUGGUGUUUCCUGGACUCCACCACAGCGGAUCGGUUUUAUCGAAUAGAUCGUGCACAGGAACAUUUAAACUACGUCACGGAGAUCUCUCAGGAUGAGCUGUUUGUUCUGGACCCAGAGCUGGUCAUCACAGAGACCGUUGGCACAUCUCCAGGAAUGCCAGACCUGGUUGAUUCUUCGGGGCAGUUCUCCGGUCCUGGGGCACGGCACUUUGCCUUCCCAUUAUCCUCUCCGCCCUCCUCCCCAGGCCCAAGCUCGACCAGCCCGCAAUCAGACAGCGAGGCCUUGGCUCUGCGCCAGAAGAAGUCUCUCUUCUCCUCUCACUCCGGCUUCCCCUUUCCUGUCAAAAAGAGGAUCCUGGAGUCACAGAAGGCCUCCCAGCGUAAGCGUAUUUCUAGCGACAGUUUGGUUGCCGAGGCGCUGGCCCACAGCGAGUCUCUGAGUUCCACAAAGCCGCCCCUCAGCAGGAUGGGUCCAAUAAAUGUGACUGUCCAUCGUUCCAACACGACCGCCGCCGAUUUCAAACCAUCAAUCAGGCCUGAGAAGACUCCAGUGUGUAACUCAGACAAAGUAUCAGCUGAGGCACUAAUAGAAGCUGUGAAGAGCACUGACCUUCAGAAGUUCCAGGAGCUGCACAAGUUGGGAGGUGACCUAAUGGUGCAAGAUUGCACAGGCUGGACGCUCCUCCACCAUGCUGUUACUGUUGGCAGUAAGGAGAUUGUCAGAUACAUCAUUGACAAUGCUCCUCCAGAGAUUUUGGAUCUAACAGAGAAAGAGAGUGGUGAGACAGUGUUACACAAAGCAGCUUCCCUGCACCAGAGAUCGAUCUGCCACUACCUCGUGGAAGCCGGGGCAUCGCUAAUGAAAACAGAUCUGCAGGGUGACACUCCAAAACACCGGGCGGAGAAAUCCGAGGACCAGGAGCUGGCAGCGUACCUGGAAAACCGGCAACAUUACCAGAUGAUCCAGCGGGAGGACCAGGAAACGGCUGUGUGAUUUUUUUGCUCUGACGUGCCAAGCAAUCCUGAACCAAACAAAUAGAACCCGGGACAAAGGAGGGAAAAAAAAUCACAUGGCCUUUCUCGUCUGGUCAUACAUUGUAUUCCUACAGCAAGAGUUUAGCUCCAACGAUUCAGAUAUAGGGUGAUUUUCAAUAGAUUUUUAUCAGGUUUAAACUGCACAGCCACAUUCAUAUAUUUUGGUGGAAGCAGGUUGGAAAAUCGGAAUUACAAACAUUUAACUUACUGGUCAUUUUUUUGGUGGGGUAGGAUUUACACAAACCUGGAAUGAUGUUUACAGUAGGCCUGUGUUUCUGCAGCAACCGUCAAACUGGGGGGGAGGUGGGGGGUGCUAGUUUAAAGGUUAAUUUGUCUAAUUAUUGCCCAACAGACUGAAACAUUGAAACUCUGUUUGGAGAAUGUUGAUUUUAAAGUGUACUGUACUAGGGAUCAAAGUGACGUGUUUUUAAAGCCAGUCCACUAUGACUAGGUUUAAAAGAUGAGUGGGUUUGGAAAUGACCGAUGAAGAAGCAGAAAUAAUUUCUUCUCUGUCUAACCCUCUUUGUUUUGACUGCUUCAAGACCGUUUAAAAGUGAUUUUCUGGAUGUUUUGUUUACUCAGACUAUGUUGGUUAGCGCUGGUUCCGGACUAGGAGAGACAGUUUACACUGAAUUUUUUUUUUCUAUUAUCACUGUACAAUUUUAAUUUAAGAAAAUGAAGCUGUUAUAUUGAUCUGCAUUCUUUGGUAAUAUACUAUCCAGCAAAAAAUUAUUUUCCAGCAUACUUUUGGCUUCCGUUAUAAAAUAUCUGGUACUGUAUACUUGUUAUUUUAGUAGCUUUAUGAAGCCGGUUAUUUUACCUUUGCUGCUCUGAAUGCCUUGAAGUGUGUGUGUUUUUGCUAAAUGCCUGUAUUUUUACAUGGUGAAUUUCAGUCAAAGCAUAUUUCUUAUAAGAGUUAGUAGGUAUUUAUAUAAUGCUUAGCUGUAUAAAAACUGUUUUACUUUUUUGUGAAUUUGUUAUGGGAUGUUCUGCAGAAUUUUUAUCAAACAAAAUGCACAUUUUAUAUUUUUUUCAGAAUUAGAUAGUUGUUUUUUUCUAACAGUUUACUGUUUGUUUACCAAUUUGGCAUUUUGAGUUGCUAUUUACUACUUAAGGAUGUAGUACAAGGGUCUGGUCAAAAUUAGCUGUCUAAAUAAUGUGAUGUAUUUAAAGGGCAUCUAGAUAGGAAACCAAUUUAAUAAAUCGUACCUUAGAAUAACUGGGGAAUCUGUAUUUGAACUGGUUAUGUUUCAAUGUCUGUUUGUUCAUUUGGAGCUUGCUGAAUAUUUCGGAUUUUCUGGUUUUAAGGUUUCACUAAAGUCAGAUAAUCAUGCAACCCAUAGGAGACACAGCGUUUGGAAGGAUGUUCCAAAGUCUGCUGCAAUAAUCUUCCAACCGCUGUGUCUCUAAGUCGUGAUUAUGUGACAUGCAUGAUUCCUUGGACACCAGUACAUCAGAAUGUAUCAAUGCAAAUUCCAAUACAGGUUUCCCAUUGAGCAUAUAUAAAAAAUACCAUUCAAGGUAGGAUUUACUAAAUUAAUUUAUUAUUGACAUAAUGUCCUUUUUUAAAAGUAAAACAGCAUUUUCAGAAAUCCCUACUUUUCACCUCUUUGUUGUAUUUACAGCAAGUUGGGUCAUUUUAAAAUACUAAAAAACAAACUAUAAUUUAAGGUCUUUAAUUGGGGGAUAUACAGAUUGGCUCCAUUAGGUAUUUCACUGUAACAUUGGCCUGAUAAAUAAGGAAAUGGAGGGGUACAGUAGAAGGGACGACUGGUGAUAAUGUUGCUAGUGGUAAAAUAAAUGUAUUAUUUUAAGAAUGCGUUAUUUCCGGUCCUAGUUUAUCAGUACCACUUUGUACAGUACUUAAAACAGGGAAUUAGAUCGAAUUAAUUACCAGUAUUAAUAAUGUUGAUGUAAGUUGUAAUAGAAGGAUGAUGAUGAUUCAAACAUCAAUCAUCUGUUCAACUUUAAAAUAAUGUGUAGCUAACAAAAUCCUUCCCUAAAUCUUAGCUGCUGUGCUCUUCCAUGUAUUAUAUAGGUAUCAAAUGUGCAGUUUUGCAAGUGUAACAGAUUUCCUGGGAGUAAGCUGUGAAUUGAACUUUGUUUAACCUGGUGUAAACCACAUAUAAUACAUGAAAACACACGUUUGCUGUAACAUGCAUUUUUUCCUAACUGCACAUUUUAGACCUAUGGCGCUAGUGGAAGUACAAAACAGGUCAGAUUCAAUUCAUUAGUUUGUUAGCUACAAUCCCUUUUAAGUAGUAGGCAUUCACACUGAAUGUAACAUGACUUAUAUGUGACCUUAGGAGUUAGGGUUGUGGGGUCCUACAUACUAUGGGAUUUAAAUCAGCUGUUUGUAUAUGGAUAUACAGUUUCCAGUUGGGAAGUAUUGUAACUGUCAGAUGUUUAUACUUGCAAAACUAAUUAUUUAAAUCUGAAUAUUUACUAGCUGUAAUGAAGAAAAAAACCAAAAAAAAAAAAAAACAACUUAACCAUUUUUUAUGUUUUUAUGCUCUUUGGUCCUUGCAAGGUUUUUAGUAUAUGUGUGACCUCAUUUGCUUUCUUGUGAUUGGACGGGGGCAGGGGCGUGGCUGGGAUGGUUAGGGGUUGGCUGGUGUGUGUUCAUUUCAUGAUGGCAUUAUUACUGUAAAUUGUACAUGUUAAAAUAAUGUUAUUUAGCGAUUGGAAACAGCAGUGUUCAUUUGGAUCCAAAACUUGGAAUGAGGUUAAGGAAACACCUGACCCCCUUGGACAAAGUAAAAAAGCAAAAACAUGACUGGAAGACUUCAAAAUCCGUCUUUAUAAUCCGAUCCGGAUUAUCCAUGAAGUUAAAUAUCUCUGUUUGUAGCCAAAGAGAGUGAAGACUCCUAUGGAAAGAAUGUAAACUAGUGCUGUAUCACUAAUAGAAAUAUGAUCUACUGUAGUCUUGAUUAGGGUUGUAAUAGUGUGUUAUUUAGUUAAAUUGUAAAUCCUGGAUAUCCAAUGGUGUUUAUCUUGGUAAGCCUGUGAUUUUGAUAGGAACCUAGAAAUUUCUGCAUACUUAUGUUGUUAUUCAUUGACAUUUAUCGGUAUGUAAUAUAUAGCCAUGCAAUCUAGAAACAGGAUAAAUACAGAUGUUUUACUGCAAUAGCAAGCUCUUUUUGUAUAAAUAAAAACAAAUUGUAAUGUUUUAACGAAUGACAGCAAUGUUAUUAAAACCCUAACACAGCAAACUGGCACCACCAUACUGUCUCUUGGCUUGGAUCCUGUGCCUGACCUUUCAGCCUUUUUCUUUCAUCAUUAUCCCUGGCUUGGAUUUAUUUGACGUAUUCCCAUCUGGCGAUUUCUUUUUUUUUUAUUUUAUGGCAAAUGCUAUUACCAUUGUCUAGUAAAAGCAAAUUGCCUUCAUACCUCAUUACAGUGUGGAGCUGUUCUAAAGGAAAAUAUGAAAAACCAUUUGUCCCAUCGCUGAAAAACUAUUGUUAAAAUUUGAGUGGGGUUUAGUAUUUAAAUUUUAUCAAUGAUGUGGGAUUUGAAUUCCAUUGGUGUGUGUGUGUGUGUGUGCAGUAUAUGUGAGAAAAGCAGGCAGGUGUAAUGAGGACGGUGAGAAUACAUCUCAAUCAGUGUCUGCCCAAUGCACUUUCAUCUUCCCUUCUGUAGGGAAAUAAUCCCAAACCCCUCUGAGAUAAGACUGCAGAAUCAUCAGCCAAUUACUGCCAGCUGUUCAAGAUUCGUCACAAAACUUUGCAAUACGUUUUUGCAGAUUUUCCUUCAAUCUUAAAAAAAAAAAAAACCACGAUUUUAAAAUGUGCUUUGUGUAAUUGGGACCAACGUGAUGAUUUCCCAGUACUCUUUUUAAUGGAAAAUCAGCUAAAUCGUGCAUGUGUCAACAAGAGCCUGCGUUUGAUCUCUUUGUUCUCAUCUUGACUUGCAGCACACAUUUUGAACUUCAUUUUUAAGCCUGCAGCCAGUGGCUCAUAAGACUGGCAUUUACUUGAUUUGCACAAAAAAAAAGAAAUACGCUUUUCAACUGGUCCAUAUUUCAAGUGCACGAUUUAAAAAUCGUAUUUAUUGCAUAUAGAAUUUUAUUAAUCAGUCAAUAGGAUUUUGCAUCAUUUCAAUCUUAAUAAAUAUGCCAGAGUUAAUGAAGAUUGAUUUACAACCCCCUAGCCUAAAAUUAUAUAUAAUAUUUUAAAUACAUGAUUAACAAUACAUGCAUGUAGCCAGUCUGCUAUAUGAAUUUUUACACUAGCCAACAGUAGAUUAAUGCACAGUAGUUAUUCAUCAGUCCUGCUACUCCUUUGCUUUAAGCACAGUUUUAGCAUCUGUGAUACUAAGUGCUGAAGAGCUCAUAAUGGACAACCAGGCUUUUGGCACUUCUACUCUCGUGACCCCUUUGUCCUUCUUCUAGAACAAGGCAACAGUCCUGGAAGGACUGCGGGACACAACGUAAAACCAUGCUUUACUGAAUCUGACUCUUAUCAAAAUCGAUGUCAAGACUGGCUGUCACAGUAUACCAUUAAAUGUAACUAAAUUGUUCUUUUAAGGCUAGUCGGGUGAUGGCAGCAUCACUUUAUUGUUCAGUCCAUGGCAACAAGCUGGUACGGGCAGUAUUUUAUUCUAUAAAAAUAAAUACCUUACCGAGUUCCAGGAGACUUGGUUCAUCUCACUUUAUGUACUGCUUUAAACUCGUGCAAAAGCUGUAGUAAUAAUAACAAAACAAAAUUAAAAAAAAAAAACAGGAUUCCCCGCCGCCCCAAGAAAAAUUGAUUAAACCUUGUUUAUUCUUCAUAGAAUGUGUUUGGAGAUUUACAAACACAGACCAAAUCUAAGUAAUAGACUGAAAAAAACAAUCAAUGCAGGAACCCUCUCCUAUUUUUUUUUAUUAGUUGUACCAUUGGGUGCUUCGAUCAAUGUUUAACUGUGCACAGAUCUGCAGGAUCCCUGUACUUUACAAAAUGUGAACAUAUGCUAGAUGAACUUACACCAGAGUUCUCUGGGGGUACCAGGCAUGUUUUAGAUGUGAAGUCCAUCAAGAGAGGCUAUUCUAAGUGCUGUGUUCCCUUUAAUAACCAGUUGGAUACUACUGUACAAGUGAUAGGAGCCAUUUUAUAUUAUUUUAACCUGUUAAGAUGCACAAGGAAUUGAGUAGUUGUUCAAAUGGUGUCUUCUUAAAAUACAUUAGGAGAGAGACUCGUCAUUUUUAUGUGUGUGACACAUGUCCUAUGUACCUUAAAGGGUUAAACACAUUCUUAUUUAAGGUUAUUAUUGUUUAUUGUCAUAAUCAUAGACCAGAUAUAGUUUAAAAACUUGGUAGAAUUAUGAUGAUUUGUAAUUAUGUUUAAGGUUAAUGCCAUCUACAAUAUGACAAAAAGAGAAUUUAGUUUCUUCUGGGUCUUUCGAAAAAGGCUUGUAUGUAGGAAAUCUAUGGAACCACAACUCUUAUUGAAAAUAGAUAAAACACGUUACUCAUGUAUUCUUCCCUGUUUUUGGUCACAUCCACGUACACGUUGUAAUGUAUAUUGCCUUGUGUCUUUCUUGGAGAACUGUAAUUCACACCUUUGCUGUGUACAUUGUGUUUUGUGAUUAUUUUGGAGUUGCUGUGCAAUUCAGGGUUAGGAAGUACAUUCAGCAAAACAUUUUUUUUUUUUUUUAAUUGUGAAAUUAAUUAAUGUGCAAUAAACGGUUUCUGUAAUUUAGAAAGAUUUACAUAAAUAGUGACCAAAAUUAUAGACAGACUAGUGUGAGAUGUACAAAAUAUUCAAAUAUAUGUGUGUUCUAUGGGCUGGUUUUGUUCCUGUAUGCUUGAAAAAUAAAUAUUUUAAAAACUUUAUAUAAAGUUUUUUUUUUUUUAUUAUUGAAUUCAAUAACUUACUUGCUUAUGUAUCCUUUAAUGUUGGCUGCAGAAGUACAGAAGACCUAAAAGAUUGUUUUUUUUACCAUAGACCAACCUGUUGAUCUCCCUAACCCUUAUCAACUAUACUAUGUAAAAACACUUGAUGCUUUUUGUAUACAUUGUUCUUUUAAAAGAAUAAGGCAUCUUUUCUUCAGGUUCAAAGUGGCAUUGUUCCUACCUUCAUACAUGUUGCCCAUUUCACCAUCUGGUAAUAUUUCAAGCGCUUCCCGUACAGUACAUUGAUCCAAAUUCAAUUGGCAUGUCGCUGGAAAAAGUGUUUUUUAGAAAAAUUAUACAUUUGUGCAAUAAACAAACAUGGAUCACAUUUGUCUCUUUAUUACAUUCACACUUCAUCAGUGAUGAAUCAAAACUGAAGUGGACUUCCGCUCUUUUAAAAGCAUGGAUUUGCAUUUAAAAAAAAAAAAAAAAAAAAAAGCUUUUUCCCCAUCUAAAGGUAUUUGAAUUGGGUAAUUUCUGAUACUUCUAGAUGCCAUACCUUGCAUACAGAU